AUGCCCACCACGGCUUCGGAUUCCCGACUGCAACAGACAACGCCGUCGGAUUCCCCCAUGCCGCAAUACGGCCUCAACACCGACGUCGUCCUCGACGUGUUUGUCCGCUUCCUCAUCGAUCUCGCGCAGCGCCUGGUGAUGAGCCCCGCGGAGCGUCUGAAGGUGCUGACCGCGGUGGAGGGAGAGCUCAAACGUCAGGGCCGGAUUCCGUCCUCGACGGGGUUUGGGGGCAUCCUGGCCUGCAUUCGUCAGGUUUGGCGCCGUGAAGGCGGCCUGGGAUUCCUGCGCGGGGUGGGAGCGGACCUGGUGCUGUCCUUGCCCGCCGGCUUCGUAGACUCGUUGAGCAUGACAUUGGUCUCGAUGGUCGUCCAGGCGGUGGUGCCGAGAUGGGUUUCGGAAUCGAUGGGUCUCUCAACAGCGGUCGCGAUCACUAUCGGUGCGACCUCCCUCGCCGUGAUGGUAGCCUCGCCGUACUUCGCGUUGCGCCGAAGCAUCAUGACGAACUAUUUGGCGGACGUGGUCGCCCCUCCCCCCUCCCGCACAGCGGCCAAGAAAGGCACCGCGGUUGAGGAAAAAAAACACCCGAAGGCAAUGAAAGAAAAUUCGACUGAAGAGAACAGCUAUCUCUAUGCCUCCGCGGUGGAGACGACGCAGAGUAUUUACCGACGUCAGGGUCUCCGAGCUUUCUAUCGUGGGGUCCUUGUCGAUCCCAUUCUUGUCAUUAUCUACCGCGGGCUCUACAUAGGGGCCUCAAUGCUUAUCCCUCAGCAUCUGCAAGAAGCUCAUCCAUACUGCAUAGUUAGUGGUCUUUCGCUUGCAUCGGAUGUCACUAUGCAACCCUUCGAGGUAGUGAGCCGGCGCAUGAUUCUGACCGCAUCAGACGACGUGCACCCUCCAUAUGAUGGAAUGAUGGACUGUAUAAAGUCUAUUGUACGUGAGGAAGGAACCACUGGACUUUGGAGUGGACUAAGGUGCAGGAUUGCUGUCAAUUUUGUGGGAUUAUGUAUUCGAAUGAUAUUAGGAAAUUUUUUCAUGCAACAGCAAUAA